AUGCGCAAACCACGGCAGCAGCAAGUCCGUGUUUGGGUUGGAAAAGAGUAUGACACGUGUGUCGCUGCAAAUGGCGACUGGUCUGAAGAAACAUCUUGUCAGGCAAAGAAAAAGCUCCAAGAAAUAGAGAGACUGCAACAGUUCAGAGGAGCGUUUGUCACCUGUCCGCAUGUCAAAGAAGAGAAGGCUAGGCGUAUGGCCUCAACAAUUCUCCCCACAAGCAAGCAGUUCUGA